AGCCAUGAUGAUGUGUGGAAAUCCUUCACAUUGAGGAGCCGUGACGAGCAAGCAUUAUUGAAAUGACUUUGCCUUGUGCUAACAAAAGAAGCUUAUAGUGGGUGCAACAACUUUUGCAUGGUUUGAACAAGGAAAAACCUUGGGAUCCUUACCACCCAAAUUUCAUUCUUACACAAAGCAAAUCAAAACCUAAUCUACCAACCUCAAAACAACUCAGCUUAGUGUCAUUUCCUCCUCCUAUAUAAACUCCCCUUCACCUUGCUAUCUGCACCAUCACAUCAAAAAUUUAUUAACAGACUUUGCCUCAUCAUGGAGAAAUGCAUGCUCUCUUGUUUCAUCCUCCUGCUUUCCCUUCUAUUCUCCCACUCCAUUGCUAAAACUCACUAUCAUGACUUUGUCGUACAAAAAACACCAGUGAAGAGGCUGUGCAAGACUCACGACAUUAUCACGGUGAAUGGGAUGUUUCCAGGGCCAACUCUCGAGGUCAAUAACGGCGACACCCUUGUCGUUAAUGUAAAGAACCAAGCUGAAUAUAACGUCACAAUUCAUUGGCACGGAGUUCGACAGAUAAGAACAGGUUGGGCCGAUGGGCCUGAGUUUGUAACCCAAUGCCCCAUAAGGCCCGGAGGGAGCUACACUUAUCGGUUCACGAUACAAGGGCAAGAAGGGACUCUAUGGUGGCAUGCACAUAGCUCCUGGCUCAGAGCCACAGUGUAUGGAGCCAUAGUCAUUCAUCCUAGAGAGGACUCCUCUUAUCCCUUCACAAAACCUGAAAGAGAGGCUCCUAUUCUUCUUGGAGAAUGGUGGGACGCAAAUCCAAUCGAUGUCGUAAGGCAAGCAACAAAGACAGGAGCAGCCCCCAACACCUCCGACGCCUUCACCAUCAACGGCCAACCUGGUGAUCUCUACAAAUGCUCCGGCAAAGAUACCACGAUAAUACCAGUAGCCCCCGGAGAAACCAACCUCCUCCGGUUCAUCAACGCUGCCCUCAACAACGAGCUCUUCGUCUCGAUCGCUGGCCACACCAUGACAGUCGUCGGUGCUGAUGCGUCCUACACGAAACCCUUCACAACGUCCGUCCUCAUGCUCGGCCCGGGGCAGACGACCGACGUCCUCGUCACCGCCGACCAACCACCCCCCGCUACUACAUCGGUCGCCCGUAUCCUACUCCCCGCGCUUCAGGGAGUUCCUUCGACCGAACACCACAACCAUCUUGAUUACACCUGCAGUUGCUCCAGCAAACCCGGACUCAGCAUUCCACCAUCCCUUCCCACACUUCCGGCGUUUAAUGACACUAACACCGCCACGAAAUUCACCACCAGCUUCAGAAGCCCUAAAAAAGUUGAUAUUCCAUCUCCAGUCGACGAGAACCUCUUUUUCACCGUCGGUCUUGGGCUUUUCAACUGUCCACCUGGAAAAACUUGUGGCGGGCCAAAUAAUACAAGGUUUGGUGCUAGUGUAAACAACAUAUCAUUUGUGCUUCCAUCAACAUUCUCUAUCCUUCAAGCACAUCACCAGGGCGUGCCGGGGGUAUUUUCCACAGACUUUCCGGCAAACCCACCGGUCCAAUUUGAUUACACUGGGAAUGUUAGUCGUAGCCUCUGGCAACCAGAUCAGUCAACUAAAGUGUAUAAAUUGAAGUUUGGUUCAGUAGUUCAGCUUGUGUUGCAGGGAACUAGUAUUUUCGCAGCUGAGAAUCAUCCAAUACAUAUACAUGGAUAUGAUUUUUACAUACUUGCAGAGGGUUUUGGGAACUUUGAUGCAUCGAAGGAUACAAAUAAGUUUAAUUUGGUCGACCCACCGCUGAGGAAUACUGUAGCGGUUCCGGUGAAUGGAUGGGCGGUAAUCCGAUUUGUUGCAGAUAAUCCUGGAGUAUGGCUGAUGCAUUGUCAUUUGGACGUUCAUAUUACUUGGGGACUGGCGAUGGCGUUUUUGGUUGAGGAUGGGGUUGGAGAAUUGGAGGCACUGGAAGCACCUCCUGAAGAUCUCCCUCUAUGCUAGGUAGAGAGCUUCAGUAAUAGAAAUUUUUAUGUAUUAGUUUGUUUCUUCUGUUCCUUUAGUUUAUUUAGUUCAUUUUGGCGUUAUUGGUUUAAAAUUAUGUGAGAGGAUUUUGGAGGUCUUGAACCUCACUAUUGGUUAUGUUAUUUGGUAUUUGAUUCAGUAAUGAGAUAUUUAUUUUAUGGAACUACCUUUAUUUCAUUUCA